GAAAAGGGAGUUCUUUUUUAGAUUCUUGAUUUCCCGGCGAGAAAUGGGAAUUCUUUGUGAGAUUCUUUAUUUUCCGGCGAGAAAUGGGAAUUCUUUGUGAGAUUCUUUAUUUUCCGGCGAGACAGACUGUUUAGUUAGCUGAAAGCUUGAUUGUAUGCUCUUGUGGAUCGCCUGAACUUUAUAUGGAUCCGCUAAGUACCCAACAUGGCCGCCGCGCUUUGCCGCCGCCUUUUUUUAACAGUAGAGGUUUCCAGCAGCAGUUCCACCACCAGUUGCUGCCCGGACCCGACGGCGGCGACGAGAGAACAGAUAUCGAUGACUUCACUGCCACGUCAACAACUAAUAGGAACGCUAGUUCUAGAGAUUUUGAUGACAAGCAGGGUUUGGUGCUGUCCAGCGGAGAUCAACCCGGUGCCGGGAGGAAGCCGAGGGGACGGCCGGCGGGGUCGAAGAACAAGCCGAAGCCGCCGAUCAUCAUCACGCGCGACAGCGCCAACGCGCUCCGGUCCCACGUGAUGGAAGUGACGAGCGGAUGCGACAUCCACGAGAGCAUCUCCGCCUUCGCCACGCGGCGGCAGAGAGGCGUCAGCAUUCUGAGCGGCAGCGGGGCCGUCACCAACGUCACCCUCCGUCAACCGGCGGUUGCCUCUCCGGGCGGUUCCGUCCUCACCCUGCAUGGGAGGUUUGAGAUUCUUUCCCUCUCAGGUUCUUAUCUACCCCCGCCCGCUCCUCCCGCUGCUUCCGGACUAACCAUAUACCUAGCCGGAGGCCAAGGUCAGGUCGUGGGCGGGAGCGUCGUGGGGCCUCUGAUGGCCUCCGGUCCGGUAACCAUCGUUGCCGCAUCUUUUGGGAAUGCGGCAUACGAGAGGCUUCCCAUAGAAGAUGAUGAAUGCCCGGUAUCGGGAAGCGAAGAAAUAGGCGGCGGGAUGGUUCAUCAGCAUCCGCCACCACCGGAGCAGAUGGUUUCCUCAGAAACCGCCAUACUCCAAGGUUUGCCUACCAACCUUAUAAAUUUGCCGGCUGAGGCUUAUUGGGGUGGCGGCCGGGGUAAUGUUCGGUCUCCUUAUUGAUAAAAUUUGGGUGUAAUGUUCUUUGUUAAGGCAAUUAAUAUUAUUAUUAUUACUCUCACCAUUAUGGAUAUAAUUCGAGUAAUUAAAUGGCUCCUUUUUUUGUUUUCAAUAAAAUUUUCCCAAAUCCUCUUGUGAGUAUAAUUAAUUAAUAAGUAGAGUAAUUUACUUAAAUAUGACUAAAACAUAAUGACUUUCCCAAUAUAAGAUCAUAUGUUUU